AUGACGCUCGGAAUUUUGGGUCAGAGGACUAGCGGCAAGGAAGUUCGCGCUGGAAACGUGAACGCGGUCCAGGCGAUUGCCAACAUACUCAAGUCGAGUCUUGGCCCAAAGGGCCUUGACAAGAUGCUCGUGGAUGAUUUGGGAGAUGUCACAAUCACAAACGACGGAGCUACCAUGCUUAGACAACUCGAAGUGCAACACCCCGCUGCGAAACUACUCGUAGACCUCAGCGAACUACAAGAUCAAGAGGUCGGAGAUGGAACGACAUCAGUGGUUUUGAUUGCAGCAGAGCUCCUGAGACGCGCAAAUGAAUUGGCAAAUGCAGGAAUUCAUCCAACUUCCAUCAUUUCUGGGUAUAAAUUAGCCAUCAAGGAAAGUGUGCGCUAUAUCAAGGAGCAUCUAAGCAAAAAUUUGGACCAAAUUGGGAAGGAUGUAUUGACUAACAUCGCAAAAACCACGUUAUCAUCUAAAUUAAUUGGCUUCGACUCAGACUACUUUGCUCAAAUGGUUGUACAAGCCAUUCAGUCUGUCAAGACAACAUCCGAUUCUGGAGCCACAAAGUACCCAGUUAAUGCCGUAAAUAUUGUCAAGGUACACGGGAAAAGUGCAAGAGAAUCCUACAUGGUCAAUGGGUACGCAAUUAUGAUGGGAAGAGCCGCACAGGGGAUGCCUCUGUCCGUUUCAAAUGCAAAGAUUGCAUUUUUAGAUUUUGCCAUUAAGCAAUAUAGAUUGCAUCUUGGUGUUCAAGUUAAAAUUAACGAUCCUGAUGAAUUGGAAAAGAUUAGACUCAAAGAGAAGGACGUAACAAAGGAGCGUGUAGAAAAAAUAUUGGCCUCAGGAGCAAAUGUUAUACUCACUUCACAGGGAAUUGAUGAUAUGUCCCUAAAGUAUUUUGUAGAGGCUGGAGUUAUCGCUGCCAGAAGGGUUUCCAAAAAGGACCUUAAACGUAUUGCCAAACUCACUGGAGGCACAAUCGUUUUGACAAUGGCUACUCUGGAUGGUGGUGAAGCAUUCAAUUCAUCAUCCCUCGGAACCUGUAAUCAGGUCUAUGAAACUAGGGUCGGAGAUUGGGACUGUCUCUUUUUUGAAGGUUGUAAGACAUCCAAAGCCACAACUCUAAUCUUGAGAGGUGCCAAUGAUUUUAUGAUCGAUGAGGUAGAGCGCUCAGUGCACGAUGCCCUUUGUGCAGUUAGCAGAGCUCUGGAGCAAGAUGCGCUCGUACCUGGUGGAGGAUGUGUAGAAACAGCACUUUCCAUAUAUCUGGACAAUUUCGCAAGGACCCUUGGAUCAAGGGAACAGUUGGCUAUUGCAGAAUUUGCAGAGGCUCUGUUAGUCAUCCCAAAGACGUUGGCAUUGAACGCAGCUCUGGAUGCUACAGAACUUGUCGCUCUUUUACGUGCCUACCACGCCAAAGCGCAAGUAUCUCAAGGCGCUGGAAUGAAUGAGGAAAACUACCAGUGGUAUGGUCUAAAUCUCAAGGACGGAAAAAUACGUAACAAUCUCACUAGUGGUGUUCUAGAAGCCACUGUUAGCAAGAUUAAAAGUAUAAAGUUUGCUACAGAGGCAGCCAUCACAAUUCUGAGAAUCGAUGACCUCAUUACUCUAGAACCAGAGAAACAGCCUGUCGAUGACGAUGAUUGAGGAUAUGUUUAUAGGUCAAUAAAAGGAGUGCAGACCUGUAUAACAAGUUUAUACAAGAAAGACCAAGUGGUUGUUAUGAUAAAGUUAACAUUUUAUAGAUGCCCCUGAUCUUAUUUUAAUGGGUGGUAUGGGCCUUU